AAUAAAUGAAAAUAUUUUGCACAGAGAAUGAAAUGGGAAAAUGCAGUUAUUUUCCAUUUAGUUUUAAUCAGUAUCGACAUACUUCUGUUACUACCUCAAAGAUCUUAAUAUGAUACAUAGACAAGCCAGCUGGUUCUUCUAGUCUGAUAUGGCUUGAAUUGUUAAUUGCAUUACUUAAGGAUUCACAUGCAUUAAAACCCAGACGUGGAUGUGUUCAUUCAAAUACAUGCAAGACUCAGUACAGAUAACAAGCCUCUUUUUAACUUCCCAUAUUUAAUGGUCCUUUGGUCUCACAUCAUCCUCUACAAAGAGGCCACGCCUUCUAAUCCCCCAUUGGCCAAACUUCCUUUAAAGUACAGGUAAUGCAGGACAUUGUAAGAUAAUCUUAGUCUUCAAUAAAUAAUAGGCAAGGCAUAUUGACUUGCUGGUUUGCUUUGACAGAAGCAGGAGCACACAGGCCCUAAAAAGCAAAGGACAAGGAGAACUAUUUCUUGGGACACAAUCCCACCUAUUUUCUUGUUUGCGGCUGUCUCAUCUUCCUGAAUAUGAAUCCUGAGUAUGACUACCUGUUCAAGUUGCUGUUGAUCGGUGACUCUGGUGUGGGCAAAUCUUGUCUGCUCUUGCGCUUUGCGGAUGACACCUACACAGAAAGCUACAUCAGCACUAUUGGGGUGGACUUCAAAAUCAGGACAAUUGAACUGGAAGGAAAGACUGUCAAGUUACAGAUAUGGGACACAGCUGGGCAAGAGAGAUUUCGAACUAUCACAUCAAGCUAUUACAGAGGUGCUCACGGGAUCAUCAUCGUUUAUGAUGUCACAGACCAGGAGUCAUUCAACAAUAUAAAGCAAUGGUUGCAGGAAAUUGAUCGUUAUGCCUGUGAAAAUGUCUCCAAGUUGCUGGUGGGGAACAAAUGUGACUUAGCUUCUAAAAAAGUGGUGGACUUCACCACUGGAAAGGAGUUUGCCAUGUCCCUUCAGAUCCCAUUCCUGGAAACCAGUGCAAAAACUGCAAACAAUGUGGAAAAGGCCUUCCUUACCAUGGCUGCUGAAAUUCAGAAGCGCGUUGCCAGUGAUACUGUCCAAAAUGAAGCAAGCAAAGUUGGCACAAAAAUAAACAGUGCCCCCUUGUGGAAUGCAGGGGGAAAGACAAAAACCGAAGAAUCCAGCUCUUGUUGCUAACGAUAAAGUUAGAAAGCACUGUAAUUCAUCAGUCGGUCUUCUAAACUCUUAUCCUGGCCAGUUUUGUGGGAAACAAUAUAAUGAUAUUAGUAAAAUUAAUUCUAUCCAUGCAAGUAUAUAACAGUUACACUUUCUGUCCGUCUUCUACAUUCAAUGCCGCUUAAAAAUAAAUGUCUUAUCAAUGCCAAUAUUGUGCCCCAUUCUGACUUUUCCUCUAGAAUUUUAUUUUUUAAACAGCUUAUUAA